CGAUGUCGAGCAGAAGACAUGUGUGAUUCGAACCGUCCCUCGCGUUUUCCAUUUCGCUUUACCCGCCGAAGGUGUCAGCACGAUCAGCCCCGAGACGAGUGGUGGUGACCAACCAGCUUCGCACCGGUGCCCGUAUCCACGAUGAGCGCCGAGGAAGAGGUGUUGCGGAUCCAGAAAAAGUUGAACAAAAUGUCGAGCGGUGACGGAACGGGACAGGAACAGGCAUUGGAACUGCUCAAAGUAUUGCAAAAGUUGCCGGUCGAUUUGGAACUUCUGACCAAGACACGUAUCGGUAUGACGGUGAACGCGUUAAGGAAGUCCAGUAGAGACGAAGAAGUGAUAUCGCUGUCCAAGACUCUGAUAAAAAAUUGGAAGAAAUUCCUGUCUGGAUCGAACAAAGAGAAGGAUUCCACUUCUUCGAGCGGUUCAAAGAAGAAGGACGACAAGUCGGAAAAGAACAACAAAGAUGACGGGGACCAGAAGAAGGACAAAGAUAAUGCGGACGGGAACGACGCGAAAGUGAAGGAAGAGAAGGCUCACAAAGAUAUGCAAAGAAAACAAUCGACGUUUCCCGCUCCGACCACCACCGAUGCCGUCAGGCUAAAGUGUAGGGAACUUUUGGCAGCAGCUUUAAGAGUGGACGGUAGCACAAUCGAGGGUUGCGCGUCCCCCGAAGAACUGGCCGAGGAACUGGAGGAAGCUAUUUAUGCAGAAUUUAAGAACACCGACAACAGAUACAAGAACAGAGUACGAAGCAGGGUCGCUAAUCUUCGUGACGCGAAGAAUCCGAAUCUUCGAACCAAUUUUAUCGCUGGCGCCAUCACACCCGCCAGGCUGGCCGUUAUGACAGCGGAGGAGAUGGCGAGCGACGAGAUAAAACAAUUGCGGGAACAGUUCAAGAAGGAGGCGAUCAACGAUGCUCAACUUGCCGUGGUCCAAGGGACCAAGACCGACUUAUUGAAAUGCGGUAAAUGCAAAAAACGUAACUGCACCUACAAUCAAGUGCAAACGCGUUCCGCCGACGAACCUAUGACUACUUUUGUGCUGUGCAACGAAUGCGGGAACCGAUGGAAAUUCUGUUAAAUAUCGUCGAAAUCCAGGCGUCCAUCGUCCUUUCUGAUCGCGCGAUCGCGAGGGUGAAAAUCUGUUUGGUUCGAGAUCCAUUCUAUCGAAUCGUAAUUCACUCGAUCCGAUCGAGCUCGAGCGCAGCGUUUUUCAUUCGCAGAGAGCCGUGCGCCGAUUAUUUCGUCUUCGCUCAAUCGACCUUUCCAUCUUUCAUUCUCUCUCGAAUUUUCUUCUAUCUCUGUCCUCCUAUUCUCGUUCUAUUGUACAUAACGACACUCUAAUCUUGCCCGGCGAUCACGCGUGAAAUUCGACUAAAAUCAACGAUGCUUUUAUCCUUAUUGUUCGUUUGCGACUCGUACGAAUAGAAUCUCGUGUGUUCAUUUCGAAUCGCGCUAGGAUGGGAUAGGAUCGCGUAAAAAAUUCAACCUGUACGAUUCAACACACCGAGGAGAGAAGAGUUCUUCGAGAGGAGAGGAGAGACUCUUCUCACCUCGCCUCGCCUCGCCUCCGCACUCGCGCACAUUCUGACAAGUUUGCAUAAUACACGUUACGUGUGAACGAUUAAACAUUGUGAAUACAGCUCUGAAAUACAUGUAUGUAAUUAGAGUGUA